UCCGACCCAGAAGAACCUGUACAAAAUACAAUUUCGUUUUCCUCAUUGUAAGAGUGUUAUUAAGUCGCAAAUGUGCAAUAAGUAUUUUUGUUCGAGUACAAAUCGUCGUAUUUACCUUCAGUUCUUAUUCAUAAAUGGAUAUUUCCAGGACCCCGCCAAGAUGGAUGAUCUGGAAGAGAAGACGGCAUAUCGUCACGAUCCUGAUGUGCCUAGGAUUCGCAAACAUUUACAUACUGAGGGUGAACAUCAGUAUUGGAAUCGUGGCUAUGAAUUCCCCUUACAACGUUACUCUGAGUAAUGGCACAGUUGUUGAAAGGCAAGAUUUCAAUUGGGAUACUAAGAUGCAAGGCUUGGUUCUCAGUUCCUUCUUCUAUGGUUACUUGUGCACACAACUGCCAGGAGGAUGGUUGGGGGCCAGAUUUGGAGGUAGAACUAUCUUCGGGGUAGGAGUGCUGGUCACCGCGCUCCUUACCAUAUUUACUCCCCUUGCUGCCUUUACCAGCGUCUACGCACUGGUCGCCGUCAGGGUCAUUGAGGGGUUCUUUGAGGGAGGAACAUUCCCAUGCACUCAAGCUAUUUACGCACAGUGGGCUCCACCUCAAGAACGAUCACGGGUGAUAGGGUUUACAUUCAUGGGUUCUGCCCUGGGCACAGUGCUGGGUCUGCAGAUGUCCGGUCUCAUCGGCGAUGUAUUGGGCUGGGCAUCCAUAUUUUACAUCACUGGAGCAGCGGGAUUAGUGUGGUCAGCAGUCUGGUUCCUCGUGGUCAAGAACUGUCCGGACGAUGACCCACACAUAUCUGUUGAAGAGCUCACGUAUAUCAAGAAUUCUCUCGGGAAUAGCCACCACGAUUUAAACAAGCCAGAAAAGAUAACGCAUCCCUGGGGAAAGAUUGUUACGUCACUUCCUCUCUGGGCAGUCACGAUCGCCAACUUCAGUAUCGUUUGGGGACAUUACACCACACUUACUCUGUUGCCGAUGUUCAUGAAAGAUGUAUUCCACUAUCAGCUGGCCAAGGCUGGUUUUAUCACUUCGGUGCCUUAUGUUGUAAUGGGCAUCACUAUGCAGUUUUCUGGUAGUAUUGGAGACUGGUUGGCGAACAAGAAUAUUAUGUCAACUACUAUGGUUCGGAAGGUGCUCGUCUGCGGACCUUGCCUGGUCCAAGCCGCAUGUCUGUCGCUGGUAGGCCAUCUGACAUCCAUACAGAGUGUACUAAUCUGCCUCAUGUUAGACCUUGGCAUGGAAUCGUUCACCUUAACCGCGGCGUUCGUGAACUGUCUGGAGCUUGCUCCUCAACAUGCCAGUAUCGUGUAUGGACUGUCCAACACGUUUGUCACCAUAGCCGGCUGCCUAACCCCUCUCAUCUCUGGGUUUAUUGUUACAGACCACAGUGAGGAUCAGUGGCAGAUAGUAUUUUAUAUCGCCGCCGGUGUAGUACUUGCGGGGGCACUGUUCUACGGCACGUUUGGUUAUGGAGAGAAACUUCCCUGGGUCACGGCAGAGGAAAAGAUGGAGGCUGAUGGCAACGUCAAGACCAACAAGAACUCUUACAAUAACAAAUCUUACGUGGAAGAAGCAAUAUCGUGAUAUUGUAAUAUGU